CGAAAGCGACGACCUUUGUGUUUUCUUUUCUCCUGAUAACAAAAGCCGCCGCCCAGUCCGAGCCUGACUGGAUCCGAGGCCUACCCGGUGUCGCCAUCAACCCCGCCGGGCCGGCGAUUUGUCCCAGCUGAUGGACGAGCCGCUCCCGUUUGACCGGAGUUCGGGAGUCCGGAUCCAGCGGCCGGCUGACCUAUAAUAGUACGGGGAGAGGAGCUGAGAGGGGAAAGGUAGGAGUCGGUCGGCGAUGGGUGGGUGGAGCUGCUUCUGCUGCGGCGACCUGUUCGGCGCCGGGGAAGAUGCCGCGGCCCGGCUGCCGGAGCCGUUCCAGCUGCCGGCGCCCUUGCCCGCAUGGCCGCAAGGACGGGACUUCGCAAAGGGCGUGAUAUGCAUAGGAGAACUUGAUAUUGCAAAUGUUACCCAACUCCGGAAUAUAUGGAGCUACUCUGGAGCUACGUUCUAUGAGCCAGAAGAGGUUCCUGAUGGUUUCCACUGCCUUGGCCACUAUGCCCAACAAAAUGACCGGCUUUUACAGGGUUCUCUUGUUGUUGCAAGGGAAGCGGCUAGCUGCCAGUUAAUCAAUAGCAGGCCCGCUCUUGAGAAGCCAUUAGAUUACACCCUCGUUUGGACUAAUGCUGGUGUGUAUGAAGAUGACAAUAGUGAAUGCGGGUGCUUCUGGUUGCCAUCACCCCUGGAGGGUUAUGAACCCCUUGGCUAUGUGGUUACAAGAGGACCAAGGAAGCCCUCACUGGAGGCGGUCCGGUGUGUGCGACAAGACCUCACGGAUCCAUGUGAAAACUUUAGGUCAGUCAUUAAUGUGGAACUUACAUGCCAAGUUUGGAAGACGAGGCCUUGCCACCGAGGGACAGCAGGACGAGGUAUACCUGUUGGUACAUUCUUCUGUGAAACAAAUUCAGUUAACAGUAAGGAAUCAGGCAUUCCCUGCUUGAAGAACUGUGACCCGAAUUUGAGAGCCAUGCCUGAUCUAGAGCAGAUUCAUGCACUAAUCAAGCACUAUGGCCCAACUGUGUUCUUCCAUCCACAAGAGAAAUACUUGCCGUCAUCAGUUUCUUGGUUCUUUGAGAAUGGAGCUACACUGAACAAGAAAGAUAUGAAAAUGGGAGAUCCAAUACUUGCUGGUGGCUCAAACCUGCCUGCUGGUGGGACGAACGAUGGUGAGUACUGGAUUGACCUCCCAGAUGAUGAUACGCGUGAGUUUGUCAAAGUUGGUAAUCUGAAGAGUGCUGAGCUCUAUGCUCAUGUCAAACCGGCUCAUGGAGGGACCUUCACUGACAUUGCAAUGUGGGUGUUCUGCCCGUUCAACGGGCCAGCAACAAUAAAGGUUGGACUUGCAAGCUUUGCUCUGCAGAAGGUUGGCAGGCAUACCGGAGACUGGGAGCAUUUCACCCUCCGUAUAAGUAACUUCUCUGGAGAACUCUCAUCUGUCUACUACUCAGAACACAGCGGGGGAGGAUGGGUGGACGCUUGCGAUCUGGAGUUCAUCUCUGGAAACAAGGCGAUCGUGUAUUCGUCGAGGAAUGGGCACGCAAGCUACGCGCACCCUGGCUGCUACCUGCAGGGCUCUGAAAACCUCGGCGUCGGAUUAAGAAAUGACGUCGCACGGAGCGACCUGUCAAUCGAUUCGAGCACAAGGUACAAGAUCAUCUCGGCAGAAUACCUUGGAGACGCCGUGGUGGAACCGUGCUGGCUGCAGUACAUGAGGGAGUGGGGCCCGACCGUGACGUACAACUCGCGGUCAGAGGUGGACACGGUGCUUAGCUUCCUGCCGUUCUUCCUCCGGUUCACGGCAGAGGCCAUAUUCGACAGUCUUCCUGCGGAGCUGUACGAGGAGGAAGGCCCGACCGGACCGAAGGAGAAAGAUAAUUGGGAUGGUGAUGAGCGGUGCUAGGCCGCGUCGCCUUUGUGGUCUAUCCCUGUUGCUUAUUCAUGUACAUUGUUUGUGUUGAGAAUGUUGGUUGGUACGUAUGAUAUAUUGAUAAAGCUUUGCAA